CUUCCGUUUCUAAUGACAACAACAUCGUCUGCUAUCUGCUCGCUUGUCGUGAAGCCAUGUAUACAUCAAAGGUUGAGGGCAAGCGGCGACCAAAUUGGUCGGAGGAAGAAAAAACAUCUUUGGUGGAGGAAGUCAGUAAAAGAUUGGAUCGGCUGUCAUCUAAGUUUAAGGGGUGUGGCUCAAUCAAAGGGACUAAGAUGAAGGAGCAAGCCUGGAUGGAGAUAGCCGAAACUCUCAACAUGAAAUCCAAUUUUGUAAAAAGAACUGUGGAGGAGGUGAAGAAGCAAUACGCUAAUAUAAAGCAGAGAGCAAAGGACAAAGCAGACGCGAUACGCCGGCCGAAGACAGGUGGUGGACCGAAGCCCCCCUCACCCUCUCUACCAGAGGCUAUGGUCCUAGAGGACUUAGCUGACAGGCCUACCCUACAAGGCCUGGUAGAUGGCUUUGACUCGGAAGAUUUCAGUAGUGUGAUCAACUCCAUGGCGAUGGAGGGGAGUCUGCCCGAAGGUGAAGCUCACCUACCUGUCAGUCAGGAAUGUAUUCCCAAUCACACCUUGCCUGUUGAUGUCCUCAUUGACAAUCAGGGUAUGCUGCACAUCCCCUCCACAACAACAACAACGAAAUUGAGCAAGAAAAGAAAGUUACUCGAUGAUGAAGUGUCUGUUCUCCAAGCAGAAAGAGACAAAUACAUUGCAGAAUGUGAAAAGUUAAAGCAAGAAGCCAUUUUUUCUGAAUUAAGGCUGAGGUGGAAGAACUGA